UCCGCGGGCGGGCGAGAGCCUAGGGUCCAGGGGGGCUGGGCAGGGGGGGCCGGCGGCAACUGGAUGGCGACUCACCCCACGUUCAUGGAAAUGAUGUCUCUUGAUAUAUCUGACAGUGCUCAAAUCUACGCUGCGUUUGUGGUAUACCUGGACCUCUUGGAAGGGAGAAACUGGCAUGAGGUGAAGCAUGUCGGAGUAGCAGAACUGCAGCUUGUCUGUUUACACGCACGGGAGAGAGAACAGGACAGUCUCCAAGUGAUGGUGCCGGUACCUGUGCACAUCUCGUUAAGCCAUGAGAGGAUAAGAGAAAUCUUGGAGAAAGCGUCUCUCCCCCAAGACGAUCCGGACACCCCGCUGUCAGUUACCUUGGCCAUAGUUGAGUCAGAUUCCACAGUAGUCUACUAUAAAAUGACUGAUGGCUUUGUGCUGCCAGAUCCUCCUGACGAUUCUGAAGAUGCGGACAAUAAACAGUGGAGAAAGAAAAGAAAGAAGCUUUUCAAAUGA